AUCAUUGAGUUUUAACGGACAUUUUCCCCUAACCGAAAGGAAACAUUGCUGUUCGUAUUGGUGAUUCAUAAAAUGCUUAGGGGAAUGUGAUCCAAGUUUGAAACCGUCGCGCAGAUGUACACAGAACAUUGACGGGUUCGUAACGAUUGUAAUAUUCGCGAUUCGUAAGAAAGAAUUGUUUUAUCAGUGUCUGUACUUUUUUUUAUUUUUUCAAUUAUUACUUGGGGCCAAAUAUUAUAGUGUAAUUAAACAUGUCAAAGCACAACUAUACAAAUCCUGCCUUUUGUCAGCAGAGUGAAUUUGUUUCGGGAAAUGCGAACAAUACUUGUGCUAAAGGUGCUUACAAAUCUUCAUCUAGAAUUGAGCGAAAUAACUUAACGCGAUCAUAUAAUCGCAUAAGUUCAGGAAUAGUGCGACAGAAUAGUUUCGCUUGCCAUGGAAUCGAAACGUCCUGCGAAAAAUUAGUACCAAAUUCAAAGAGUGACCGAGUGACUGAAAAAUAUGCAUCGAACACAUCUAUUGUAGGCGCCCGUUACGGUUCCGUUUCUUCUAUAUUGGACACAUCUAUAAGUAAUAAGCAAUUAAGUGGGCGUUACGCAUUAGUUCCUGUAGAAGAGAUUCCAGUAACCGACAAAAGUAGAUACACUGUUCUACCAAUGGAACACACAUUGACAAACGAUUCUUCUUCGAGAACCAUUAGAAGUCAAGAUAAUAUAGAUCGUUAUUCAAGUAUAACCGAGCUAAACAUCGAACCAAACAAUCUUUCGGAUCAAUUUUGCAGCUUACCUCCUCUUACAACACCACCACAAUCUUUAACACAAAAUAGACUCAAAAAUGCUUUUUCAUCGGAUUUUGGCAGUAAAUCAUUUGUGUUAUUCGAUCAAAAAAGUAAUCAACGGUACGAGGUUGUACGUACAGAAGAUAAUGAAGAGUUGGUCGAUCCAAACCACGAGAUCAUACAAAUGCAUAACGGCAGAGCUCAUCGUUAUGCAGUAAUUCCCACUGAUAAUAACGAAACGUGUCUUACCGAAAAAAUAAAAGAAGAUUUUAAACAACCACCAACUCCGCAAAGAGAUAAUGUGUAUGAUACAUACAAAAAGUCACUUUGUAAUCUAACACCUCAAAGGACUCUUAGUACAGGAGAAACAUCAUCGCCAACACAACAAGCUUUAGCCACUCAAAUGUUACACGAGUUGCUCAGUACUCCAAGACGAGCUGAUAUUACACCUAGUAAUUCACCACAGCGUCGCGACAACCAACCAAAAAUGGUCUCGAGUACCCCGAAGCGCAACGAAUUUAAGCCGCAAAAGCUUCAGUAUGACCGCUGCCUUCAGCAGGCACGCGCCAAACAACAACUGCACCAGCAACAACAAACUCAAUAUGAGGCAGCUGUGCGCACAACAGCUGUUAUUACCCCUCGUUUGAAUGUGUACGACAAUGGAUGCUACGGGGAAACGAUAACAUCGCCUGAACUAACGGACAAAUCUUGGCAGAAUGCUAGUUUUCAAAAAAUUGCUCAUGCUUCAGCAACAAUAGGUGCAGUUUCACUUAUGUUGAUUCUUUGCGGAUUUUUGAAUUCUGGACUCAGUCUUUAUUUCACAUCUAAAAUCGGUCGAGAAUAUUAUCUUGACCUAACAAUUUUUUCCGGUUUUGCUGCUAUUGCAUUAGGUAUCCUGGGAUUUAAAUCACGGCAAUGUAAUUGGCUUCCGAAUCGUAAUUAUAUAUCAGGUUAUAUCCUAGUGACGAUAUUUUCGCUGUUGAACUGUUGCGCCCAGCUGAUACUGAUGACCCUUCACCCGUUCCCGGGAACACCAUUACACGACGUUACCACAGGAAUCAUACUAGGACUCUCUUCACUUACCUUGUUGCUAAUAAGUUUGGGAGCCGUUACAUCCCGUUGGUGUCGUGUACCUCCUCCUGAUAAUCGUGUAGCUAUAGUUUAAACAGAGAUGUGUACUAAUGCGUUAUACAUAUGCGAUAACUGAUUGAAAUAAAUAAUUUAUAAUAUAUUGAGUUUAACUAGCUAUUAAAAACUCUUUUGUACAUUUUAAAAUUCUGAUAAAUAAAGUGUAUUUGUUUUAGGAUAA